UUUCCAAUUAAUAUUAUUUGCGUCUUUCUCUUCAUCAACGUUUCCUUUUUCCCCAUUGAAGCAAUCUCCACCAUAGUUUGCAAAAAAUCUAGCAGAUUAACUACAUACAAUGGCUUCCAACGCAUUUGCAUCUGUUCCUGCCCUUCUCUUCCUGUUGAUGAUGCUUUUCAGUGCAACAAGCAAAGCUCAACUAUCUUCUACCUUUUAUGACAAAACCUGUCCUAAUGCUCUCAGUACCAUCCGAACUUCCAUUAGAGCUGGAAUAUCCAGAGAACGUCGAAUGGCGGCCUCUCUCAUUCGCCUUCAUUUCCAUGAUUGUUUCGUAAAGGGUUGUGAUGGAUCAAUUUUACUUAACGAUACCGCUAAUAACGAAAGGGAGGUAAUUUUCAAUAAGAAUUCAGCAAGAGGUUAUGAACUCAUAGACAAUGCGAAAACGGAGGUCGAAAAGAUCUGCCCCGGUGUUGUAUCUUGUGCUGAUAUUCUAGCAGUCGCAGCUCGUGACGCAUCGGUUGCAGUGAGCGGUCCAUCAUGGACAGUGAAGCUGGGAAGAAGAGAUUCAACAACACCAUACCCAGAUGUGGCAAUUUCUGAUCUCCCACGUUUCACCGAAAGCCUUCCAGAGCUCAUAGCUAGAUUCGAACGCAAAGGCCUAAGUGAAAAGGACAUGGUUGCCUUGUCAGGUUCGCAUUCAAUUGGACAAGCUCAAUGCUUCACAUUCCGCGAUAGAAUUUAUAAUGGCAGCGAUAUUGAUGCUGGCUUCGCUAGCACUCGAAGACGCGGUUGCCCUGCUAGCUCUGGUGAUUCAAAGUUGGCACCACUUGAGUUGGUGACACCAAAUCAGUUGGACAAUAAUUACUUCAAGAACUUGCUUCAGAAGAAGGGACUUCUUCAAUCUGAUCAAGUUCUCUUCAGUGGAGGAUCCACAGACAGCAUUGUAUCUGAGUACAGUAGGAACCCUUCAACUUUUUUGGCUGACUUUGCAUCCGCCAUGGUUAAAAUGGGAGAUAUUGAGCCUCUUACCGGUUCUGCUGGACAGAUAAGGAGGAUUUGUCAUGCUGUCAACUAGCUAUUUGGAAUCUGUCAAAUGUAUAUUGUCAGGACCCGUCCAAAGUUCCCCACCGGAACCCUAGACAAGCCCUGAUCCCAGGGAAACCCUACCGGACCCUUCUGUGGAAGAUCCGGCAGAACCUCCCCUAAGGGAUGGACUUACCACAAAAUUUCCUGCACUGAAAACACACUUCUAUAAUUGUUCCCUUAUUCCUCCCACAGUACGACGAACUGGUUCCACAAAUUUCAGCACUCCAAAAUAAAAAUACAGUAAUCCAGUGCAAUACAAAUACAUAAGUGUCCCAUACAGUAUACAGAGCUUUAUGAAGUACUACAAAAUACAGAAUACAGCAAAAGUGAACGAAAUAUUACAACUGCAGUAAAAGAAGAACAAGGUACUGCGCGAACAAAUACAGCGAGGAAGAUCAAGUCCGCUCCGAGUGAACACCGACAACCUGGUACC